AUGUGUUAUAAUAGAUUACAUAUUUUAUUACUCAUUAUUGUGGGCGCGAAUGGUGGUCUUGGCUGCCGCUUUUGGAAAUGGACAGGAGAAUGCGACGCCGGAGAAAUCGUAUUCAGCAGAUACGGUUUCAAACGGGAUCUGGAAAACAAGUUACACGGCCAACACCUCGUUAUUCCUACCGUAUAUAAAGCAGUAACAGAUCACGUCAGCAACCCCGAUCCAUCGAAACCACUGGUUCUUUCAUUUCAUGGCUGGACCGGAGGAGGAAAAAGUUUUGUUUCUAAAAUUAUCGCAAAUAAUUUAUUUAUGAGGGGGGAACGCAGUUCGUAUUUUCACCAAUUCAAUGCAAACAUUCAUUUCAAACAUGAAUAUAUGGCGAGCGUGUAUAAGGACCAGUUACAUUCAAAGAUACGUCGCAGUGCAUCGGACUGUGAACGUUCAAUAUUCGUAUUUGAAGAAAUGGAUCACAUGCCAGAAGGAAUAAUUGAUGUGCUGACGCCCUUACUGGAACCUAAUGCCCACGUGGACGGAGUGGAUUAUAGGAAAACAAUUUUCAUAUUUAUAAGUAACACCGGCGGUGACAGAAUUACAGAAAUGGUUCUUCAACGUCGGAGACAUGGUGGAAAGAGAGAAGAAAUCAAACUGAAAGAAACCCAAAGAAUGCUAGAACUUGUCGUUUUUAACGAGCAGAGUGGACUGAAGAACAGCAUCUUGGUUAGCAAGAAUUCAAUUUCCCAUUUUAUACCUUUUCUACCACUGGAAGGAUCACACGUCCGGAAUUGUAUCAUUGAUGAAAUGAAACGUCGAAAUUUUCACGGAACCGAAACUUUUAUAGAAGAAGUUUUGGAAGAAUUACUAUGGUAUCCUGAGGACAUAAAGUUGUACUCAACAUCUGGUUGCAAAAAGGUUGAACAAAAAUUUGCACUUGUCAGGGAUGAAUUGUAAUAGUAGCUGGACGUUUGAAUACAAUCUUGGUUGUGACAUAAAUUGCCAAAUAAUCCAACAGGACAUAUUCUGAAUGUUAUGGAAUAAAUGCUUUGAUCAUGAAUAUAAAAAUGACGUUAAUUUAAACGCAAACUAAAACUGGCAAAAUCAAAUUGAGUUUUCCCAAUCAUUUUGUUGUCAAUUGCCAUCACAAUGUGAGCACUGAGCAUUCUUAAUAUCAACUACUUAUUUUUGUCUCUGCUGUUUUGAAUUUCGAUUGAAAAAUAUUUUAAAGAUGAUUUGUGGAGGUAGCUGAUGUGUCGAUGUGAUAAUACGAGGUUAUGAUACCUGUAAUUAGCGUUAUUUUUCAAUAUCAUACAUAUAAGGUGUAUUGUAUUGAUAACUUGCGACGUUGCUAGCCUCUGAUACAAGUAACCAAAGAAAAAUGACCAAAGAAAAAUGGAUUUGCCGUACCAAUGAUCAUUGCUGGGCAUUUUGAAAUGAUAUUUAGCUUACCAUAUAGUACUCAAAAUGUAAGAAUUAACUUUGCGAGCGAAAAUAAAAUAUAAUUUAUUCAUUAUAUUUGAUAAUAACUGGACUUGGGGAAUAUUACGAAGUUCUGAAUUGUGAUAAAACUUCAUUAUACCAGUUAACGUAAUAACGCCAUAAUACCAGUUUCUAGUGACCCUUCCUGUCAAUUGCAAUGAAAUUCGUUACUGUAAUGCAUAAUUUUUUUUUAUCUGUUUUGAAUUUGUGAUGUGAUUUCUUGCACGACGAAAUAAACGUAUCGUCUAUUACCCCACCCCCAGCGAAAAAUAAUUUCACUUAUCAACAUUCGCAUACUAGAUUAUCCUUAAUCAUUUUGGAUCAGAUCAAACAGCUAUUUUUAGCCGAUGGCGAUACAAAUACCGAAAAAAACCGACAUUGCCCUUACCCGAUACGCCAGUAAACCUCUCGUAUACUUAUACUAAUCUCUACAAAUUACUAAGAACAUACCACUGGGUUCCCAUCGAAUAUGAGCCGAUACAUAUUUAAAUUUUGCGAUGUGUAAAUAAACUCGGGUCAUUGCGAUCCCUAAUGAAUUUUUUUAGCUUUUGUUGUAUUUGUGUUUCCCUUAUUGCUUGUCAUUUUUCUUUGCUUAUUUUGCUCAUAACUCAGAAAUAUAUGCAAUCAAUCAAUG